UUCAGCAUAGCCUAUCUGUGUAUCAUUACAGGUUGCCUCCGACUGCUGCCCUCCUCGAAGGACAUUGCUCUAGUUAAACUUCAACCAACUCCAGAAGCCAGUUAAACUGUAACUUCAUAUUCUCCGUCAGCCAGCAUUAUCCCCACAGGAGCUGGAGUACGGAGCAGACAGCAAGUGGAGACAGACAGAUGAUGAAUGACACCGGAGAGACGGAUCCUCAGUAAUGGAGCAGGAAGAAGCCGCAGCUGGAGAAGAGGCCGACUCACAGAUGACGUACAGGAUAGAGCGCCCAGUCUACGAUGAAGCCUUCAUCAGGGCGCAGCUUCUCACCCACAAAGAAAACUCCACCACCCUCCGACAGAGGCUGGCACACCAGUUCCGGUGUUCAUCACAGAAGGCCAAGGCGGCAGCCUUGAGCUUUCUGCCUAUUCUAACAUGGCUGCCAUCCUAUCCGGUCAAGCAGUACCUGUUUUCAGAUGUGGUCUCGGGUCUCAGCACGGGAGUCGUGCAGCUCCCUCAAGGUCUAGCCUACGCUAUGCUGGCUGCUGUGCCUCCAGUUUAUGGUCUGUACUCGUCAUUCUACCCCGUCCUGCUCUACACCUUCUUUGGCACGUCCAGGCACAUAUCCGUAGGCACCUUUGCAGUGAUAAGUCUCAUGAUUGGGGCCGUUGCAGUGAGGGAGGCCCCAGACUCCAUGUUUUACGUCCUGCCCACCAACGGAUCCAACGCAUCCACCGUCCUGGACGUGGAGGCUCGUGAUGCCAGGAGGGUGCAGGUGGCCGUCGUGCUCACGACGCUGGUGGGAAUCAUCCAGUUUGCUUUAGGUCUUCUCAGGUUUGGCUUUGUGGCGAUCUACCUUACAGAGCCUCUGGUGCGAGGCUUCACUACAGCUGCUGCAGUGCAUGUCGUGGUCUCUCAGCUGAAGUACCUGCUGGGGGUGAAAACACAGCGCUUCAGUGGGCCCCUCUCUGUCAUUUAUAGCGUCAAGGCGGUACUCGGUGACAUCACCAGCACCAACAUCUCCACCGUCAUCCUGGGCCUGGCGUGCAUCGUCUUCCUGUACACGGUCAAAGACCUCAACGAGCGCUUCAAGAAGAAGCUGCCCAUCCCCAUCCCUGGAGAGAUCAUUGUGGUCAUCGUGUCAACCGGCGUCUCGUAUGGACUGUCCUUAUCGGGCGACUACAAAGUGGAUGUGGUUGGGAAGAUACCAACCGGGCUUCUCCCUCCUGCCGCCCCGGAGUUCUCUCUGCUCCCCAGUUUGGUCACAGACUCCUUUGCUGUAGCAAUUGUUGGAUUCUCAAUGGGCAUCUCACUUGCCAAGACCUUCGCCCUGAAGCACGGCUACAGCGUGGAUGGCAACCAGGAGCUGAUCGCCCUUGGCCUGUGUAACUUCAUCAGCUCUUUCUUUCAAACCUUCGCCAUCACUUGCUCCAUGUCGAGGAGCCUGGUGCAGGAGAGCACUGGUGGAAAAACACAGAUCGCGGGGCUGCUGGCCUCUCUCAUGGUGCUGCUGGUGGUGUUGGCCAUUGGUUUCGUCUUCCAGCCGCUCCCUCAGACUGCACUGGCUGCCAUCAUCAUGGUGAACCUGCUGGGCAUGUUCAAACAGUUCAGAGACAUUCCUGCGCUGUGGAGGACCAGCAAGAUCGAACUGGCCAUCUGGCUGGUGGCCUUCGUGGCGUCUGUGCUGUUGGGACUGGACUACGGCCUGCUGGUGGCCAUCGCAUUCACCAUACUUACAGUCAUCUACAGAACACAGAGCCCAAAAAGUGCCAUUCUGGGCCAUGUUCCCGGAACGGGGCUGUACUGUGAUGUGGAUGAGUAUGAAGAGGCGGCUGAGUAUGACGGGAUUAAGAUUUUCCACUUCAACUCCUCAAUCUACUUUGCCAACAGUGACCUUUAUGUGAACACCCUCAAGGAGAAGACGGGUGUGGACCCUGAGGCCUUGCAAGCUGCCCGGAAAACCCAAAAGAAACGGAUGGAGAAGGCAAACAGCACCCCCACCCCUUCACUGAAGAUGUGUGGCAGGAACAAGCAGCAGGAAAUGACCCAUGAGGUUUUGUCCUAUGAGGUCGUGGCGGACGAGGAGAGGAACGGCCAGUUGGAGUCCCACUCAGAAGAGGCCGUCUUCCUUGAACCUCCUUUGACUGCCGUCCACUCCAUCAUCCUGGACUGGACGCCUGCCACCUUCAUCGACUCCGUGGGAGCCAAAGCCAUCAAACAGGUUAUCAAGGAAUACGCAGCUGUGGACGUUCAAGUGUUCAUAGCCGGCUGCAGCAGAAGCCUGCUGUCCGAGCUGGACACCUUACAGUUUUUCAACGGGGUCGUGACCCCGACGAUGGUGUUCCCCACCGUCCACGAUGCUGUGCUGCGCUGUCGGCGCUCAAAUCCCCGCCCAUCAGCCACUCCGACCGAUGGAACAAUCUGACAGGCGACGCCUCUAACCGAGGACAGCAGAUCUGGGACUGUAGGUGCGAUGACCUGAACAAUCAUUCAUAUUGAAUAGAGGGUUCGUAGCAUUUAAAAGAUUAUGCCAGUACCAGUACAGAGUAACGCCGACACCAAUAGAGUACUUCAUUUUAUACUUUUUGGUGGCAUUUCGGAACGCUGAACUGCCAACUCGGUCAAAUACAUCACGCUCAGUGGGUGACUGUAUGGGUUGUAGCUUAGUGGGCCAAUCACAUGUUUCAUUAAAUUGAGGAACACUGGCGGCGAUUUGACUGCGUUUAAAACCAUACAAAUAGUUUUUUUUCUAGUUCCGUGUCUAAAAAGGAUUAAAUGCAGGGAUGGUUUGACUGGAGGAGUGUCUAUACUUGGUACUGGCUCAUUGGGUCGAUAUACCCAGCCCUAUUGGUAGCACAGGUGGAUGCUGUUCCCUCUCAUGGAGCACGGAGGAGUCCGACAACCUGAAAUACAAGGUGCUUUUGUGAGGCUUGUAUCCUAUCAGAAAUUCAGGACUGCGUUUCCAACAGACAUUCCUCUUGUCUUUUUGUAGUUGUGUUUAAAUGAUCACUGCUCUGUUGGUGUAUUUAAUAAAUAAGCUGCUGUUGUCAAAAUGACGUGUUAGAACAAUUUACAGUUCAUGGUGGAAACUUGAAGCUCUUUAUAAUGCUGAUAUCAAAUGUUACUGAGAAGUUGUGUCUUGAUGGAUUCAUGAGAAUAUAUUUUCAGCUGUAAUUAUGGAUUUAAACCAGCAAAAGCGUCGUCAUCGGUGAAUUUGCAGUGUCAUGUUUGUUAUAGUAACAAUUGUACAACGUUUAGCAAAUCACUGAGACUCAAAUCUGGAAUAAACUUUAUUUUUAAGUGAACAAGAAUGACAACAAAAAGGACUAUUUUUUGACUCGACUGCUUCUCUUGUCGGUGGAACUCCUCACACACAAACACACUUAGUUGUAUGUCAUGUAUCUGGGAGUGGCGCUGAACUUGGCGUAGGACUUGAUGACCUUGUUGACGGCUUCCAGGAAGUCUUUCUCUGUGGCGAUCUUUCUGCGAGCUCUGAUGGCGAACAUGCCGGCCUCUGUACACACACUGCGGAUCUCGGCACCUGGCAGGAAACACACCAAAUGUCAUGUUCAAUCAUUUGUGUAGCAAACACCCUCUGGUUUGUGAGAUUUGAAGGUUUUGGAUGAGAUGUUUCUAUUCUGUGAUAUAGUACAGUUUAAAAAAAAAAAAAAAAAGUCUUCAGACCUCGACUUCAUUACAGCCAAAUGGGUUCAACUGCAUUUAGACAGACGGCAUCUCAUACUUACGUCACCCAACAGAUUGUAUCUCACAUAUCUCCUCCCUCAUCAUUGUGUGGUGAAAACCAUGCAGUACCUUCAAAACAUCAACUUUUCAUGUCUUAAGAGAAAUGGUAAAAAUAGCAUAAGAACGAAUAUUCAAAGAAACAUGUAAUCCUUUGGCUUAUCAGAAAAAAAAUCACUAAAUUUGAAGGCAUGUGUUUUUAUUAGACAGCGACAAAAUGUCCUGGUGCCCCCUUGUGGCCACGCGCAAGUGCUGCACUAGUAGACAAAUAUUUUAGGGCAAAUUUGUGACCUAGAGUAACUAGGAGUCAAAAUUCAAAACGGGCGACAAACAACUGAGAUGAUGAACAAAGUUCAGUGUUACGGUGACCCUGGAAUGAUGCUUUCAGAACAGGAAGCGAGGGAAAGCUAGAGCUACAGGAAGAUGCGGGAGACAUCUAGAAGGAAUGGGAGUCUUUAAAUACAAAAACAAAAGACUAAACAGGGAUUGAAUUCUGCAGUGUCUGUCUUACCGGUGCUGUUGGGACAGAGGCGAGCCAGCAGCUCAAAGCGAAUGUCUCUCUCCACACUCAUAGAGCGGGCGUGGAUCUUGAAGAUGUGGGUGCGACCCUGAAACACAACACAAACCGGUGUGAGGCUAGGGGUUCAUUACAGAAAAAAAACAGCUACACAAAGUAGAGAUAAGCAGACACAAUCCACCGGCAUGUUUUUAUGGCCGAUUUAUGAGACUAUAGCUGCGUGUUUUGUGAACGCUGAACUCACCUCCAGGUCAGGCAGGCUGAACUCGAUCUUCCUGUCCAGACGUCCGGGUCUCAUCAGGGCCGGGUCCAGGGUGUCCGGUCGGUUGGUGGCCAUCAGCACUUUGAUGUUGCCUCGGGGGUCGAAGCCAUCCAGCUGGUUGAUGAGCUCCAGCAUAGUCCUCUGGACCUCGUUGUCUCCGCCAGCGCCGUCAUCAAAACGAGCGCCUGGCAGGUUCAAACAAAAGGAUACGUUUGUGUUAAUGUGGUGAAAUGUUGUGUAGGAAUGUUUUAGUUUCUUUACCACUGGUUAUAAAAAACAACAUUCAGUAUUUCAUAAAAAGAAAAAAUAGUGUACAUAGAGAAUAAAUGUUGCACCAAAAAUGGCUAAAAUUAUUUUUGAAACAUUUUUAUGGGUUAUUUUAAGACAGAAUUUUCAACUUCAAUUAAAGAUUAAAAUUUCUACAGAUGUCUCCCUUGAUGUUACCCUGAUGUGGCCGUGGUUUAAGCCAUUUUGUAAGGAUCACCACAGAUAUAAGCGAGAACGUACACUACAAAAAAAAAAAACCAAUUGUAAAAAGUACAGACUGAGGCGAGC